AUGGAUAUCUUGCAUGAUGCUUGGCUUCCAAACAGUGCUCCUUUGGUUUACUGUGAGGACCUUUUUGUUGAUUUGCAACUGAAAAAGGUGGCAGACUUGAUAGAAAAUGGGAGAUGGAAUGAGAAUUUGGUGAGAUCGAGUGAUGGGUGGUAUUCCUCUAAAUCUGGUUAUGAAUUUAUUCGGUUGGAGAACAAGUCCUUGUUACCGUCGACAUCUCCAGCUGCAGCGGUGCCAAGCCUGAUUUGGAAGACGGUGUGGUCAGCUUCUUCCCUACCUCGCUGCAAGGAGGUUAUGUGGAGAGCUUGUGCGGGCUACCUCCCAGUGAGAUCAGCGCUUAAACGGAGGGGACUGGAUGUUGAUCCGUCAAGUCCUUGGAGCGGUUUGGAGGAUGAAGCAGAGGUACAUGUUUUACUUACAUGCCCAGCUAUUUUGCGUGUCUGGUUCGCGGUCAUGGGUCUUGGGGCAGUGGAAAACUUGGCUUUUCAUGAGGUGGUGGCUCGGAUUUGGGAUGGGGCGAGUGAGGAAGUUGUGGGAAAAUUCAUUACGCUGGUUUAUGUGAUAUGGGAAGCAAGGAAUGCUUUGUUGUUUCAACAACAUGAGCUCUCAAUUGGACAUAUACUUCAUCGAGUGGCAUCCUUGGAAGCUUUGCCUCGACCAACAAGCGUGCAACGUAGCCCAAGGUCUAAUGCUGUGGUAUGGACACGUCCAGCUGCGGGUUGGAUAAAGAUAAACUUGGAUGCUUCUGUCCGGCGAGCUUUGGCAGGUUUCGGGAUGGUGGCGCGGGACGAGGAUGGUGCUUUAUUGGCGACAGCAACCUUUGCUCCGGUUAUGGUGCAAUCCGCAGGCUUUGCGGAGGCUCUUUGCUUACGCUGGGCAAUGAGGCUUGCUCUUGAUCUUGGAUUCUUCACCGUUUGCUUUGAGACAGAUUUGUUGCAGCUCUACCAGUGGUGGCGGCGUCGUUCCAAAGGCUCAUCAUAUCUUGAUUUGAUUAUUUCAGAUUAUCAAGUGCCCGAUAUGGCCUUCAGUAUGGAGACGCGGAGGUUUUCCCAUGAGAUGGCUUCUUUGAGGAGUAUUGGUGGGCUUGGCAACCUCUUUCCCCUUGGUUGCUCGGGCUCAGGUCGAUCUAGAGCGGGUGGUCUUUGUCUUUUUUGGCGAGAGGGGUUGGAGGUGGAAUUUAUUAGCUCUUCACUCAAUCACAUUCUAUGUAUGGUGACAGACCCAGAUACUAGCUCCAGUGUUCAGGUUCUUGCAAUUUAUGGGUGGCCAGAGGAGCAUAACAAAUGGCGCACGUGGGAUUUAGUGAGGAGAUACAAACCAGAUGAUUCGGUUCCGUGGUUAUGCAUUGGCGAUUUUAAUGAGGUACUGUGUCCCAAUGAUAAAUUGGGGGGAGGCCCAGUUGAUGUGGCGCGCUUGCAGGAUUGUGCUAGAACUAUAGCGGAUUGUGGUUUGAGAGAUGUUGGCUACUCCGGUUACCGUUUUACUUGGUCUAAUAAACGCAAGGCUCCGGAUACUGUGGAGGAGCGGUUGGAUUACGCCUUAGUAAAUGACAAGUGGCUUGAACAAUGGCCGGUGUCUCAUGUUUCUCACCUUCCGAGAUACAGAUCGGACCAUAACCCCAUUCGCAUGUGGUUUGGUGUUCGACGUAAGCAGGAGGAGACCAGACGUGAGAGAAUGUUUCGCUUUGAGGAGGUUUGGCUCCAAAAAAAUGAGGAGUGCAUGGAGGUUGUCGCGGAGGCUUGGAGCUCUGGGGGAGGGAGCUGUAUUGAUCGGCUUGCUUCGGUAGGCCAACACUUGGGCUCGUGGGGACGGGAGGCCUUUGGGGAUGUCUCAGGGAAAGUGGCUGAUUUACGGGUAAAGCUCCAAGCCUUACAGAGACGUGUACAAUCUGAGCAAGUGGUAGAAGAAACAACAACGGUGGAGGGGCAACUAGACGCUUUGUUGGAACAGGAAGAGAUUGUUUGGUGUCAAAGGUCCAGGGCAACUUGGCUUAGACAUGGUGAUAGAAAUACGGGUUUCUUCCACAGGAAAGCUUCCCAACGCAGGAAGCGCAAUUCAAUUGAAGAAAUCGAAACUGAGGAUGGCAGAACAGUGGACGAGGUCAAGGACAUUUACCGUGUUUUAGCUGACUAUUUUAUGUCUCUCUUUUCCUCUGCAGGUCCUAUUGAUAUUGACUCAGUGACCUCCCUAGUCGCAGGACGACUAACAGCUCACCAUCUGGGGAUCCUCACUAGGCCUUUCACAAAAGAGGAUGUUGAGGAGGCUUUAUUCCAAAUGCACCCAAAUAAGGCUCCAGGCGCUGAUGGAUUGCCAGCUUUGUUUUAUCAUAAGUUUUGGCAUAUUAUUGGUGAGGACAUAUCUCAGUUCUGUCUUCAUGUCUUACAUGGCUCUAUAUCACCAGGUAUUAUAAAUCGAACUUUGUUAGUGCUUAUUCCUAAGGUUAAAAAACCUUUGCAUGCUAACCAGUUCAGGCCCAUUAGUCUUUGUAAUGUUAUCUUUAAGAUUAUCACUAAGACUAUGGCGAACAGAUUAAAAUUAAUCUUGCCGGAUAUUAUUUGUGAGGCCCAGAGUGCUUUUGACCCUGGUCGUUUGAUCACGGAUAACGCUCUCGUGGCGUUUGAAUGUUUUCACUUUAUGAAAAAGAAAACAAGUGGUCGUAAUGGCGUUCUGGCUCUAAAGCUUGAUAUGUCCAAAGCUUAUGAUAGAGUUGAGUGGCCUUUUUUGGCGAGUGUUUUAACACAGAUGGGAUUCCCUCUCUCUUGGGUCAACCUCAUUAUGAGUUGUGUAACCACAGUGAAUUUCUCUAUUUUACUAAACGGAGCGCCCCAAACCCCCUUUGCCCCGGGGAGAGGGUUGCGACAGGGUGACCCCUUGUCCCCUUAUCUAUUCAUCCUUUGUGGUGAGGUUUUCUCUGCGCUUAUUAAUAAAGCAGUAAUGUCCUCUUCUUUACAUGGUGUUAAGGUAGCUCGAUCAGCACCUGUGAUUUCUCACUUACUUUUUGCAGAUGAUAGUGUAAUCUUUGCAAAAGCUACGCCAGAGGAGGUGGAGAGUGUGAAGGAAAUUCUUUCAACUUACGAGCGAGUUUCAGGACAAGUCAUUAACCUUGACAAGUCAACGCUCACAUGUAGCCGAAACGUGCCAGAUAAUUGUUUUAAUCACCUUAAAGGGUUAAUGAAUGUGAAGGCUGUUGAGCAUUUUGACAAGUAUUUGGGUCUACCAACCAUUAUUGGUAAGUCAAAGACCCAAAUUUUUAACUUUGUUAAGGAGCGGGUUUGGAAGAAACUCAAAGGUUGGAAAAAAAGAGUUUUAUCCAGGGCUGGACGAGAGGUGCUAUUGAAGGCGGUUGCACAGGCGAUUCCAUCUUAUGUGAUGUCAUGUUUCCUCCUUCCGGAUGGUUUAUGUUCUCAAAUUGAAUCCAUGAUAAGCAGGUUCUAUUGGGGUGGUGAUGUUGACAAUCGAUGUGUUCAUUGGCUCAAAUGGGAUUCUCUUUGCCAACCCAAAUGCAAGGGUGGCUUGGGUUUCCGAGAUUUUAAAGCUUUUAACAUCGCUUUGGUGGGGAAGAACUGGUGGCGAAUCAUGUCGAAGCCAAAUACUAUGCUGGCACGGGUUUACAAGUCUGUAUAUUUCCCACGACAAACAAUCUUUGGAGCUAAGAAGGGUUAUAGACCAAGCUAUGCAUGGUCUAGCUUGUUGGGAUCAGCUUGGGUCUUUGAGCAAGGAGGACUUUGGAGAGUUGGGGAUGGCAAAACGAUUAGAGCUUGGGACGAUAAAUGGAUCCCUUCCUCAACCCCAAUGGUGUACCGCGAGGAUGUGGCAGCGGAUCUUCAUGUCACUCAUGUGUCGGAUUUAAUGCUUCCAAAUGGAGGGGGGUGGGACCGUGACAAGGUUGAGUUCCUUUGCUGGCCACCUACUGCAACAACUAUCCUUUCUGUCCCCGUGCCCAUGUAUCAUCAGGAGGAUAGCUUUUUCUGGCCAGCUACUGUUGAUGGAUGCUACUCCUCCAAAACAGGUUACCAAUUCAUCCGAAAUCAGCAUCAUGCGCGUGUGGCAUCGGGCUCUUCAGCUCCAGCUAUGAGGCCAGCUCUUUGGUUGAAACUUUGGAAGGCAGAGGUCUGGUUUGCCUCUCCGCUGGGGUUUCGUCUUCAUGAGGAGUGCUCGGUGCAAGAAUUUUUUACUGAAUUUCUGGGUGCAGCUGAUUGUAAUGGCAUUGGUAUGUUUUUCUCCAUCUUAUAUUCAGUGUGGCAGGCACGUAAUGAUCUUCUCUUCAGCGCGAAGCUAAGCUCUGUUGAUCAGAUCCUGUUGCGAGAGUCUAGCCUUCGCCCGUCGAGCAACCAGUUAACUGCUCCUCACCGCCAUGGCCGCGAGCAUGUUUCUUCAUGGCGUCGACCAGCUGCAGGAAUUUUUAAAGUGAACUUUGAUGCUUCCUUACUGCAAUCUCAUGAGGCUGGGUUCGGGUUUAUAGCAAGGAACAAGGAGGGGGAGGUCUUGGCUGCUGCUACAUCGACCAUGGGCCCGGUUCUUUCAUCGGUUUUGGCAGAAGCACUAGCUUUGCGCUGGGCCUUGGGGUUGGCAAAGGAAUUGGGGUUUCGCCGCAUCUGGGUUGAGACGGAUUGCUUGGUGCUAUACAACUAUUGGGAACGUAGAGAGGGUGGCUUCUCCCAUUUGGAAACAGUUGUUAAGGAUUGUCGUUUACUGCUUUGUAAUUUUGAUGUUUUUACUUUUACUUUCGUUCGUAGGACCGGCAAUUCUGUUGCCGACGCGUUGGCAAAACUUGCUUUUCGUUUAGGCUGUUUGGUUUGGAUUGAAGAGGCUCCGUUGGAGGUUUCCUCUCUCAUCCAGGAUGAUGUUUUUGCCUCGGUGGCUUCUUCUCUUUGA